GUGAUGUCACGGGCCGGAGGGCCGGAGCCUUUUAGCCCCUCGCCUGGGGCUGCCCAGUCCUGGCAGAGCAGCAUCUCGGGAGUCUCCACAGCUAGCAGCCCAGCUGCCUCCAUCUCCUCGCCUGCUGCCUCCCCCAGACCGUCCUGCGGACAUGGCGAACAAGGGCCCCUCCUUUGGGCUGAGCAGAGAUGUCCAGGCCAAGAUCGAGAAGAAGUACGAUGACGAGCUGGAGGAGCGCCUGGUCGAGUGGGUGGUGGCCCAGUGUGGGGCCGAGGUGGGGCGCCCCGAGCGAGGGAGGCUGGGCUUCCAAGUCUGGCUGAAGAACGGCAUGAUCCUCGGGAGGCUCAUCAACAGCCUCUAUCCCAGCGGCUCCAAGCCUGUGAAGAUCCCAGAUCCGCCCCCCACCAUGGUCUUCAAGCAGAUGGAGCAGAUCUCCCACUUCCUGAAGGCGGCCGAGGAUUACGGAGUGGUGAAGACAGACAUGUUCCAGACAGUCGAUCUCUUUGAAGCCAAGGACAUGGCAGCCGUCCAGCGGACCCUCAUGGCCUUGGGCAACCUGGCCGUGACCAAGAACGAUGGGCAUUACCAGGGGGACCCCUCGUGGUUCAUGAAGAAGUCCCAGGAGAACAAGCGGGACUUCUCCGACAGCCAGCUGAAGGAGGGCAAGAACGUGAUCGGCUUACAGAUGGGCUCCAACAAAGGGGCAUCGCAGGCAGGCAUGACGGGCUACGGGCGACCCCGGCAGAUCAUCAGCUAAGCCCAGUCCAGCUGCUCUGCUGCCCCCCCCCCCAGCUGGCCGGUCUUCCCGCUCUUGCUAACAGCCUGGCAAGCUCUGCCCCACUGCCGCCGCCAGGGGCCUCCACAGGGAACUCCCCCACUGUGCCCCCUAAGCAGCUCCCGGAAGGGGCACCGUGCCCAAAGACUUGUGCUGCUGCUGCUGCUGCUGCGUAGCAACGGGCCGGCCAGGCAGCCAAGCUGCUCCGGAGCCACUGGCCUCUGCAUGCUGCCCGCUUCACCCAGCCACCGCACAACCCUCCCGGCCUGCUUUGGCCCCGGCACGCCCCCUGGGGCUGC